AUUUGCAAUAGUAAAAUGAUCAGGGCCUAUUACUUUUUAAAGCGCAUAUGUUCUGUGUUUUUGUGGCAUUGCAUCCUGGUUCUUGUAGUCCGUUUUCUAUCUUCCUCUGUGUUGUCGCUGCAGAGCUGCACUGCUCCGUUCACUAUGAUGUCUGCGGGCAGCACAGUCUUACAACCACCUGAAUCUGGAAUGGGAGUAAACAAGAGGAUGUCGUGUCCACUACACGGCUGCAAGCGGGUGUACACAGACCCGGCCGCUCUUGAAAGCCACAUCAAGGACCAUGAGAUCUCAGCGCAGUCUCUGCCGGGAAAAGUGAUGCUGUGCUCCACAGUGGGAUGCAGUGGUUCCUUCCCCAACAUGCAGAAGCUGAUGGAACACAUGAGGCAUCACCACAAGCCCAACAUCUUCUUUGUGUGUGAGAGUUGUCGCACAAAGCUGCGUUCCUACCGCGGCCUCCUGGCCCACCUGCACACCUGCUCCAAAGUGAUGCGAGGAAAAGCCAAGCCCACUGACACUGCUGUCACCCACCCAAACAUGGCCCCCAUGGAUGUGGACCAUAAGCCCCCCUGGCUGGAAGCAGUGUCUGCCCCCUCUCAGAUCCUAAUCCCAGACGCCUCCUUCCCGGCUGCGGUGAAGCUGGAGCCUGAUGAGCCUCCGCUCCUCGGCCCCCCCUUCAAGUCUAACCUGGAGAGCGCCCCUCCCCAUCCUGCUCCUCUGCAGCUCACAGAGGCAGCUCCACAGCCUCCCAUCAACUCUGAUCCGACUCCGUCUUUACACUCUUGGGUCCCACCAUUAACUCCCACCCAGGGGCCGCACCCGACACAGACCUGGUCCCCUGAGGCCAUCCCCCCCGCUCCAGGAUCAGCUCCUCCUGGGCCCUCGGCUGUGUGGAGGAAGAAUCAAGGGUCCUGCAGCAGACGUGUCCUGUGGGAGCACACCAAAGGGCGCUACACGUGUGUGCAGUGUGGCCACGUGGUAACCAGCCGCAAGGAGAUGACUCAGCACAUCUCCACUAAACACAGCGGGAACAAAGCAGCAGAAGACACAGGGAGCGCGGCCCCCAACACGUAGGGAGGAGGCUGUCUCCUGCUCCCCUCAAGAACUCAAGUGGAGAAAUGUUUCUAGGGAUUUACGUGUAUUACUCCUUUUAUUCUUCAGCAGUUAUUCAUGAAGUGAGUAUUCAUUUUAUCCGUUGCUACAAAGCACUUUUACACUUCACCUGAAGACAGUUCAUUACUAAUGCCACUCUUGUCGAGGAUAGUUGACAUAUUUAGUUUGUUACUUCAUUGGGAUCGAGGAGCUAUUGGAAGUUAACACCUGUAUUUGGGUCUGAAUCAUCCCAGGAUAAAUAUUGAAGUCCGUAAUAUUUAACAGGCUAACUCCAAUAAUGUCAUUACUUUCUUGUCACUAACACUGAAUUGCACACGUGUCAGUGGUUUCAAUCUGAAGAUGCUUCACGUGUGAUACUGGGAUCAGACCAAAGCCUACAACAUGGUUGUCCGCCUCUCAAUACUUACUGUGGCUACAUCAUUUUAAAGAGUAGCUUGACUCUGUAAUUUCUAAUCAAAUGUUACUCACACAGGAGAACAUGGUCCAUUUGUCAGGUACUAUUUGUAGCAGUGGAUUAAUCCACAUUUGGUCCACCUUUACUGUUUUGGGUCAAUAUUGUAGUUCAACAGCACUGAGAAAAAUAUAGAUAGAUAAGUACUUUAUUGAUCCCAAUUUGGGAUUUUUUUGCAUUGCAGCAGCUCAAUAAAAUAUCUAUGCUAUAAUGGACACAACGCUUGAUGGGAUGCAUUUGAUAUUGUCUGUUCAGGAAGCUCUUAGAUCAAUGGUCCCACUCCUUGAAAAUCUAAUUUAAAGAUCCAGCGUACGGCAUAUUUUGAUGCGAGGAAGAAGUCUAUUUAUUGUUACAACAGAUCAAUUUUAUACAGAGCCCGGGACAGAGAGAAAAAAAUAAAUAAAACGUAAUUUUAUAAUGGGAGCUUGCAUUUUGAUCACUUGCUUGAAGCCUUUUAACUAUAUCCUAUGUGUUACAGAGGCCUGUAAAAACUGCCUUCAAAAUAAAAGCGCUUACUAUACUCAACAAAUAUACCUUACACAUACCUCAAAACGUACCUAGAAUAUUCAUAUAUACUGGUGAUUAAAUUAAGAAAUAUGUACUAAAUAAUGAAAUCAACAAUAAUUGACAUACAUAGUGAAUACUUUCUCAAAUUUAACACUUAUACACAGUACCGAAGGAGUGGCAGACCGGGGUGGUGGUUCUCUUUUUAAAAAGGGGGAUCAGAGGGUGUGUGCCAAUUACAGAGGCAUCACAUUACUCAACCUCCCUGGGAAAGUUUACUCUAAGGUGCUGGAAAGGAGGGUCCGGCCGAUUUGUGGAUUUGGAGAAGGUGUAUGACCGGGUUCCCAGGGAGAUACUGUGGGAGGUGCUGCGGGAGUAUGGGGUGAGGGGGUCUCUACUCAGGGCCAUCCAAUCUCUGUACUCCCAAAGCGAAAGCUGUGUCCGGGUCCUCGGCAGCACGUCGGACCGAUUUCCGGUGAGGGUUUGCCUCCGCCAGGGCUGCGCUUUGUCACCAAUCCUGUUUGUGAUAUUCAUGGACAGGAUUUCGAGGCGUAGUCGUGGGGGAGGGGGUCUGCAGUUCGGUGGGCUAAGGAUUGCACCACUGCUUUUGCAGAUGAUGUGGUCCUAAUGGCUUCAUCGGUCUGUGACCUUCAACACUCACUGGAUCGGUUCGCGGCCGAGUGUGAAGCGGCUGGGAUGAGGAUCAGCACCUCCAAAUCUGAGGCCAUGGUUCUCAGCAGGAAACCGAUGGACAGUCCACUCCAGGUAGGGAAUGAAGCCUUACCCCAAGUGAAGGAGUUCAAGUAUCUCGGGGUCUUGUUCUCGAGUGAGGGAACAAUGGAGCGUGAGAUGGGACGGAGAAUCGGAGCAGCGGGAGCGGUACUGCAGUCGCUUUACCGCACCGUUGUGACGAAAAGAGAGCUGAGCCAGAAGGCAAAGCUCUCUGUCUACCGGGCCAUCUUCGUUCCUACCCUCACCUAUGGUCAUGAAGGAUGGGUCAUGACCGAAAGAACGAGAUCCGGGAUACAAGCGGCCGAAAUGGGAUUUCUCUGCAGGGUGGCUGGCAUCUCCCUUAGGGAUAAGGUGAGAAGUUCAGUCAUCCGGGAGGGACUCGGAGUAGAACCGCUGCUCCUUCGCAUUGAAAGGAGCCAGUUGAGGUGGUUCGGGCGCCUCCCUAGGGAGGUGUUCCAGGCACGUCCAGCUGGGAAGAGACCGAGGGGUAGACCUAGGACCAGGUGGAGGGAUUAUAUCUCUUCGCUGGCCUGGGAGCGUCUUGGAAUCCCCCAGUCAGAGCUGGUUGAUGUGGCCAGGGAAAGGAAAGUUUGGGGCUCUCUGCUGGAGCUGUUACCUCCGCGACCCUGACGGAAAAGCGGGAGAAGAUGGAUGGAUGGAAAUGUUACACUUAUACAUUUAUGAAGACAUAUCUGAUCAUAAAAUUGAACUUUCCACUUCCACUGGGUGACUCUUUUCAAUUGGUGUUAAUAAAUGGCCAUCACAGAAAGUCACUCCAAAAAUAACAUGACAUUAUGAUGUGUGAUUUCCAAAUCAAAAGAUCAUUGCCGAAUGAAAGACUCAUUUCCCUCCAGGGUAGUAGCAGGCCACUCAGAAGAUCAGCACAUUCUGAUGUAUGAUUUCCAAAAUAAAACACCUUUGAAAUCGUCCCUGUUUUUAGAUAAUAAAUUAAAAACGGUUCAUAAUCAAAUACUCAUUUCACUCCAGGGUGUUGCUUUUUACCCCUUAAAUUCACCAACUUCAAAAAGGAGCUGUGAUAAAUGUGUGUACUGGAUAAUUGUGUUUCCCAGGGAAUAGUCCAUAAAACACCUCAAUAAAAAAAAAAAGACAGGGUCAAAAAAAGCAGUUUUUAUUUGGGUCAGUCAAUGAGUUGAUACAAGCACUCAGGCUCCCUCUAUGCAUCCAAAACAUGCUCCUGAACAUCCAUCUCCUCAGAGUCCCCCCUCCUGUAUGCCAGCAUUACGCCUGCCAAGCAGCUCUCCGACCAUGAACACAUCGAGACAGACCACAGGACGAGGGUCCCACUCCUCACCAACAUGUCAGUCAUUAGACGUUACCACAUGCAGACUGUAGUGCUGUUCUCAACAAACAAGUCUCAUCACACAGAUGAAGGGGGGGGGGGGGGUCCAUUUACGUUAA